UGUGAAGCUCCAGCUCGCUUCCACCCGCUGACCCGCUCUUUACACUUCUUCGAUAGAAACGAACGUCCUCAGCUCCAGCUCCCACCGCCUGCCUACUACCCACAUACCGCAGUAGAGCGCCGAUAGAAAGCCGCACAGCUCCCUACCCCUCCGCAACCCCCUCGACCAACAUACCAUGGCAGCUGCCGCCGCUGUACACCCGCACACAUCGCAGACACUACAGGUCCCCAAGCCCCGCCCGGCCUUGGUCCGGAGGAGGACCCGCGAGUCCUUUCAGGCGCAGACGUCGAUCCACCGCGUGAGGACCACAGAGCAGGAGGGUCUUCCCGUUGGCGUCAGUAGCCUCUUUCUUGGCAUCGCAAUCACCGAAAACGACAACAACGGCGAGAAGCUGUUUGACGUGGGCUUCGCGACCCACGAUGGUACCUACUCCAACGACUUUGCCAUCUGGGAGAUCGGCGGCAAAAUCUCCCCCCUCAACGACGACCCUGAGAUUCGCGGUCUGGAGAUCGCCAACCACCUCGUCGCCGAGAUUGACAAGUAUCGAAGGAAGCAUCUCUGCAAGUUUCUGGGCGCCGGCCUGACAACGAAGCUGGUCCGUUACUCUCCAAAGCUUCCCUCCAUGCUAUGGAGGGAGUUGGACAUUGUGCCCUUUGUCAUCCACAAAGAGAGGCCUUCCCACGUGGCCACCAAGAACCGCUCUGCCGCCCAUAUGACGGUCGACGAGGAAGCCGACUCCAUGGCCAGGACCUGCUUGACCAUGUACGGCCCCAACAGCCAACCGCGGCUGUCCAUCGGGUACCGCAACGAAGUCGAAGUCGACAACGGAGGGAUAGCACAAAUCACCCACCACGACGACUACGUGGAAACGGUGAGUGCCGAGACAUGGCUGGCGACCAACCAUUUUGCCCAUUCCCUCGCGAAGAAGGAGGUGAGGAUCGCUUUCUUCAACAGCACUCCGCAGGGUGGAGGUGUGGCUCUCAUGAGGCACGCCCUGCUCCGUUUCCUGGCCAAGAUCGAUGUGGAUGCGCGAUGGUACGUGCCCCGGCCCAAGCCCGAGGUCUUCCGCAUCACCAAGAACAACCACAACAUCCUCCAGGGCGUCGCCGACCCCAACCUUCGCCUGGACGCCCAACAGAUUGCUCACCUGGAUGAGUGGUGCCAGGCCAAUGCCGACCAAUUCUGGACCUCCGAAGGCGGCCCUCUCGCGCCCAUCUCCCAGGGCGGCGCCCAUGUCGUCAUCAUCGAUGACCCCCAAAUGCCCAAAUUGGUCCAGAUCGCGAAGAAGAUGGACCCCAACCGACCCGUCAUCUUCCGCAGCCACAUCCAGGUCCGCGGCGACCUCGCAGACACCGAAGGCUCCCCGACCUGGGAAGUCUGGAACUGGGUCUGGGAGCGCAUCAAGGACGCCGAUGUCUUCAUCAGCCACCCCGUGCGCGAAUUCGUCCCCUCCAACGUCAACGUUCCGCGCGUGGGCUACAUGCCAGCCACGACCGACUGGCUGGACGGCCUGAACAAGAAACUGGCAAAUUGGGAUAUGCAGUAUUACCUGCGGGAAUUCGAAGCCGAGCGCUUCAAGGUCCGCAUGAAGCAGCUGGCCUACCCUCAGCGCCAAUACAUUGUGCAAAUCGCGCGCUUCGACCCCGCGAAGGGCAUCCCCGAUGUGUUGGCGGCGUACGCCGAGUUCAGACGACAGUACAUGGUAGGCAAGGACGUCGACGACAUUCCCCAACUCGUCAUCGCAGGACAUGGCGCCAUCGAUGACCCGGACGCGACCAUCAUCUACGACCAAACGCUCUCGCUGCUCGAGGACCUCUACCCGGAUCUCAUCGAAGAUGUAGUCGUCAUGCGCCUAGGCCCGUCUGACCAGAUGCUCAACGCACUCAUGUCGUGCGCGCACGUGGCGCUCCAGCUCUCUACACGCGAGGGAUUCGAAGUAAAGGUCUCGGAAGCCCUGCACAAGGGCAUCCCUAUUAUUGCGACUAAAGCCGGCGGUAUCCACUUGCAAGUUGAGCACGGGAAAUCGGGCUUCCUCGUUGAGCCGGGCGACUCGAGCGCUGUAGCCAAGUACCUGCAUGAAUUGUUCACGGAUCAACAGCUGUAUGACGACAUGUCGUCGUAUGCGGAGGAGCACGUGAGCGACGAGGUCAGCACGGUAGGGAAUGCGCUCUGCUGGCUGUAUCUGGCGGAUAUGCUGCAUGCGGGCAAGGAGGUGCUGCCGCAUUCGAGGUGGAUCAACGACAUGGCGAGGGAAGAGGCGGGCCUGCAGUACAGGGCCGAGGAGACGAGGUUGCCGCGGAGUGAGCAGUUGGUGCUUGACCAGAGGGGGAAGGGGAAUUCAUAGAGGGAAGUGAAGUGAUGAUGAUGCACUGGAUGGAUUGCAUGCCGUUGGUGCUAGCAUGUGCCUGCAUUGUGCACGACAAGACUUUGCUAUUACUCGAUUUGCCGAUCGAGGUUUUUGAUCUUUCUUCUCCUCUCCUUUGGCCUACUGCGUUCAAGAUAUUUUGGUGUUGGUGAGCGUGUUGAUUAAGCGAUGCG